AUCUCUCUCUCUCUCUCUCUCUCUCACUCACUCUCUCUCUCCCCAUCGUCCCUUUAUCUGCCAGUGCCUCUCACUCUCUGGUCAGACACACAAGAACCUGCAGCAGCAUCAUCAUCAUCCUCUCAGUCACUUCCAUCAUCUGUGUGAUAUCGCACAGGAUCAACAGAAAUGUUCUGACACCGUGUGGAGCACCAGACCAGGAGCGGACCUGCACCUCCUACUCUGUCAUCACCUCCUCCUGCUCCUCUUGCUCCCGCGGCUUUCAGGGUUUUUGUCUUUCGUUCUUGGCUGACACCCGGGUUUCCCUUGGAUUACUAUUGGAGCCGCUUCUUCAUAGACGCGCUCUGUGUCCUGGGUCUGAAUCAUCGGGCACAGGUUGUGAGAUGGAGGAGUCCUGCAGCUCCCAGAACAAGUCACUGUGGGACGCUAGUGAGGCUAAAGCGGUGCAGCAGUGUCUGACCGAUAUCUUCACCAGCGUCUUUACGUCCUGCAAUGUGCCCGAGUGCGCCAUCUUUGGGCCGUGUGUCCUUAGCCACACGUCACUGUAUGACAGCAUCGCCUUCAUCGCGCUCAAGGCCGGCGACAAACGCAACGCUCCUUAUAUCUUCAGAGUGGACCCAUCAGCAGCCAACGGUACCUCUGAUGGCCCCAUGUGGCUGAGGCUGGUCCAGUCAGCCCGUGACAGAGAGGAACAGAACCUAGAAGCGUACAUUAAAAAUGGACAACUCUUCUAUCGCUCGCUGCGACGCAUUGAGAAGGAUGAGGAGCUGCUGGUGUGGUACGGCAAAGAGCUGGUGGACCUGCUGCUGCUCAACGCCAGCAGAGCACCUGCCAAGACCAAAGGUACGUCUGAAGAAGGUGCAUCCCACCAUUCCUGUCCAGACUGCAGCCAGAAGUUUCAGUAUGAAUUCCCAUUCCUGGCCCAUCUUAGAUUCCGUUGUACCAAGAGACUACAAAACAUUGCAGGUGUAGACGACCAAGCCAGCAAAGAGAGCAUCGCUGAACAACUAAACUCCACCCCAACAAGGAGUGCACCAAAACUAGGCCGCUCUGAGGGCUACAGUGGGCCACCAGACAGCAGCAAACCCUCCACAGACUUUCACAACUUAGCCAGAGACCUGGAGAAAAACCGCACCAGCCCGCCAAGUGACAAGGAAGCAGAAAUUUGCAGUGAAAGCUCAGGCAAGAGGAAGUUUUCCGAGUUGGAAGAGUGCAGACGGCCUGGUCUUCAUCAGACCAAAACUAAGGAUGAGCUGGCGACAUCUGCACAGAACUACAGAGGAGCGUAUGGCCUGGAUGAUAACCGCAAGUCCUUCUCCCCACUAGGUUCUACACAGCAAGGCGAAGGCAAGUGCAGCGCCUUCACUGAGGUCAAGAAAUCAGUGCAGAGUUCCAAACACCACGGAGGUAGCAAAAACCUCCAGAAUGCCAACUCUGAAAACAAAGAUGGCAACCGCCAUAACAGUAUCCCGUCGGAGAAGAACUUGAGCACCCGACAGGUCCUGUCUGAGACACAGCCAGCCCAAACCUCACCCAUGGGCAGUGCGUUCACCUCCGUCAGCCAACAGAGCAGCAGUGGAGGCAGUGGGGAGAGGAAAAGCGCCUUCAGCCAGCCCUCUCGUUCCACCUUCUCUCAGAUCUCACCACUGGUGAUGCCACCAAAGCUGCUGGACUGCCACCCAGCAGUGGGCGACACCAUCUCCUCCACCAGACUCUACCAGGCCGAUCACCUCGCCGCCAAACUGCAGGGUGCAGAACUGGGCACCAACUGCCCAGUGCCCGGGGGCAUGGCCAAGCAGAACCCCUUCGUCUAUGCCGCUGCAACCACCUUCUGGCCCAAGAGCUCCGGAGCCAUCCAGAUUCAAAUGCCAUCGGCACUCACCCUGCUGCCACCUUCCUUCACCUCACUCUGCCUGCCCGCACAGAACUGGUGCGCCAAGUGUAAUGCUUCUUUCCGCAUGACCUCAGACUUGGUGUACCACAUGAGGUCACACCACAAAAAGGAGUUCGCUAUGGAGCCACUUUGCAAGCGCCGGCGUGAGGAGAAGUUAAAGUGUCCAAUUUGCAAUGAGACGUUCCGAGAGAGGCAUCAUCUGUCACGUCACAUGACCUCUCAUAAUUGACUCUUUCAGUGGUGUAGACUAGAGGAAGGACAAUGACAAUAGACAGUAUUUGCGAAAUGACAUAGCCCUCGGGUUGUAAAACAGUCCUGUUGUUAGAAAGGGAACGUGAUAAAGCUGAAGCAGCACUAGCAGGGUCCAGAGUUGACUGGACAGGCACCUGGACCAGGGCUCUGCCCAUGGUCACAGCAUUUGUUUUCUCUUUCUAUGUCAAGCAUUGGACAACUCCCAGUGUAUUUUUGCAACCAGAUAGCUAUGUCUAAUUUUUAAAUCAUGGUCUAUGAUCUGGACAACAUGGGAAAUGAGGUCCAGACAAAGUUAUUAAAAGACGCUGCUCUUGUUUUCACUUCUUAUUCCUUCUGUUUUACCUUGUUUUGUUUCUGCUGUAAAAAGUUUUUAAAAAACCUUGUGGUUCUGGUGGUAUGCAAUCAUGUUCUGACUCCAAUUAAACUAUUUAUAAAGCACUUAAAAGACCAGUCGAGCAUAAGGGAUAAGAUUUAAAUAUGUGUAAAUGUACAGGAAGUUGAAUUUUAUAUCCUAUAAAGACUAAGAUACAGAUGUAGUCAUGAACAUCCUGGUUUACAAUGACUUUUUCAAUGUUUGAAAAUAAAAUAAAAAAAAAUGGGGAUGAAUAAUAAUUGUUAUUAUUAUUAUUAUUAUUUACUGAUGAUGUCAGACUAUAUUUCAGAGUGCAUGAUGUAAUGAUAUUUAAAUGAUAUUGAUUUUAAGACAGUCUUCAUGGCAGUGUAAAUAAAUGAACCACUUUGAUUUGAAAUUCCAUAUUUUGUGUCUGUGGGGAAUAGUUUCAGUGUUUCUUCCUUUUUCUGUGGAAAAUUUACAACUGGAAAGUUUAUGGAAUCAUGUCGAAUGCUUGGACAAUAAAAAAUGAUUUAUUUUCAACACUGGCCUUCAAGCAUUGUCUAUUUCUGUAAUAGAAAAAAUGGACACAAAAUGAACCAAAUACGAACCAAAUAACCAGA